AUGGCUGACUCUCUUCAAAUUUCGACCUCAAAGAACUUUUUCGCCGGCGGCUUUGGCGGAAUAUGCCUCGUCUCUGCUGGUCAUCCACUCGACACUGUGAAGGUUAGAAUACAGACGCAGCCAGUGCCCGUGAUCGGACAGAUGCCCAUUUAUUCAGGCACCUAUGACUGCAUAAGGAAAACUUUCCACAAUGAAGGCUUUAAGGGCUUUUACCGUGGAAUGGCCACUCCGCUGGUGGGUGUCACACCGAUGUACGCAAUUACCUUCUUCGGGUACAGCCUAGGACUGAAACUUCAAACGCCCUCAAACGGCACCGAAUACUCGCCACUGCAGAUCUACAAGGCCGGCAUGCUCUCCGCCGUCUUCACCACCGCCCUCAACGGUCCAGGCGAACGGGUGAAGUGUCUGCUUCAGGUUCAGGCUGCAAACCCAAACACCCCCGUUCAGUACCGAGGCCCAAUAGACUGCGUCACGAAGCUGUACCGUCAAGGUGGUUUGAGGUGCGUCUUCAGGGGCACCUUCGCCACCCUUCUGCGUGAUGUACCCGCAGGUGGCGUCUACUUUAUGAGCUACGAAGGACUGAAGGCGAAGCUUCGUCCAGAGGGAAGUACCGAGCUGAGCGCCCUGAGCACACUGCUCGCCGGCGGCACUGCCGGCAUUCUAUUUUGGGUGGUGGCCAUUCCACCGGACGUGCUGAAGUCACGCCUGCAGACGGCUCCCGAAAGUCAGUACCCGAAUGGUCUUCGGGACGUCUUCAAGACGGUCAUUAACCAGGAGGGCGUUCGCGGCCUGUACAAGGGCGCCACUGCAGUCUUCCUCCGAGCUUUCCCCGCCAAUGCCGCCUGCUUCCUAGGCUACGAGCUGGCAAUGGAGUUCCUACACUGGCUGGCCCCUGAUGGCUGA